AUGCACAUCUCUCAAGCCGUCCUCGCUGUCGCCCUUGCAGCCUCCUCCGUCCAAGCCGCCGCCAUCAACCCUCGAGACCUUGCCGAGCGCGACCCUCUGUUCUCGAGCAUUCUCUCUUGGAAGGGCAAUUACGAGCAAGACUGGAACUCGCUCUACUUCUUGGCCGGCAAGCAGAACGUCUACGACUUGUGCUGCUCCAUCAAGCCCAAGACUGUCACUCAGUAUCAACACCGAACCGUUACCGACUCUUCCAUCGUCAAAGCUACCGCCACUGUCGAAGCUACCGAAGUCCAACACGCUCAAAAGACCAUCACCGAGCACGUCCCCGUCACCUCGGUCGUCGCCACCGAACACGCCGUCGAGACCGUUUACGUGACGGCCUCUUCCGACUACCACCACAAGCGGACCUUCAACUGGCUCUGGAACGACUUUUUCCAAAAGCUCUAUGCCAAAGACGCCGCCCUGACCGAGAUCAAGUGCGCUGCGCUCGGCUACAAGGUCCCCGUCAAGACCGUCAACAUUCCCGUCACCGAAACCGUCAGGGAAUUCAAGACUCAGACCGUUGCUACUCAAACCAAGAUCGUCACCAAGACCGAGUACGCUACCGUCACUACCAAAGUCAACGAGAUCGUCCCCGUCACAGAGACCAAGAAAUCGACCGUGACCGUCACUAUCCAGCCUGCCACCGCUGCCGCUCCCAACCAGACUCCGAUCAAGGACAGCUACCCCGUAUGCUCGGGCUCUACCGGUUCUGGCGUCUCCUGGGCGCACUAUGCGGGUGUCAGCUACUCGCUUGACAGCUUCUACUCGUUCGGAUGCGACUCGAUGCAGACGUGCACUAACGAAUGCAAAGACAGCUGGUCCAAGCACGGCAAGGAAUGCGCCGGUAUCCAAUGGAACCCUCUCUCCAAGCAAUGCUCGCUCAAGGGCGAAGCCUCAACCGCCGCCAAGUUCAACUUUGACUUCAACUUCUCUUCGAGCGUUUUCUUGAUCAAGAACAAGGACUGCCAGAGCAACUCUUUGUGGGCUCCUUCCAAGGGCAACGACUGUUGCUGCAACUACAAGGCCUAGACAAAGGUCACACCACCACUACCACCACCAUCACCAUAAUUGCGAUCUUAUUCUCGCCGUCACUCGUUCAUAGUCGUUAUCGCGCUCUUCUCAUUUUGGGUCAUAAUUGGAUUGUACAUCUUGUUUCUCCCCCAAAUAGUUAUAUUCACUCUCAUUUACGCAUAUCGCAAGGCGCUUCUAUCACGGGAAGACGCCAUUCAGCGGACCUGAACCGAGUCCGAAGCCGUUUCUUUUUUGGUAGGAUCCUGUUGAAGUUCUGACUUUGAAG